AUCCGAUGUGAUUUCCGUGCACAUUAUCGCAACCUCCUUGUUAUAGGUUAUUCGCCUCGCGUGUUCUCAUGCUAAUUCCUGUGAUUUUGUCAUAUGGUGCCUGCUAGCACUACUAGAGAAAGCCCACGAUGGAGCAAUCGAUGAUGAAGAGCUUGUGUCCGUAUGCCCGUCAUGGUUGGAUUCUAUCACAGUAUCGGGCGUAGGUCAUAAUGAGCGUGCAUUGAAGAUUGGGAAACAUGUUUCUAAAGUAGCCAUUCAUCCACUACUUGCUCUACCGCUUUCUAAGAACGUCCUGGACACGCUGGCCACUAUUGCGAAAACUUACCCUGGUCAUUUCCUCCCAUCUAGUCUUCGAAAGAUGCAACAUACAGUAGUCAAAGAUGGAGUUACUGAUACUUCGAAUGUGAAAGAUGCAAGCCCUCCUAUGGAUCUUUUCUGGGAAUUAGUUCAGGCAUCAUCAUGCAAGUCACUCACUGCUAAAGAAGCUAGGGAAAGCGGCGAGCGCAUGUCGUUGGAAACAUCCCAUGUUGGCCGCCUUAUGCGACAUCUAAGCAAACCAGUGGUCGCAAAAACAGGAACAAUCCAAGACCGCCUCUUGCGGGUUAUCAGCACGAUAGUUCAAACUCUUCCAAACGAUACGAUGACGCUUUUGGGCAACUUGGAGGGACCACAUCCUCUCGAAAGCCAACUGAAAGCUGUUAUCGAUGUCCUUAUGCGUGGAUCUUGCAGCAACGAGGGCUUGGCUGAUGGACGUACAUUGCUUGUGGAAUGUAUGCGUGCUCUGCCUCCGUCUAUCACCGACACUAUCUACGAGCAACUUUUUACAGCUGUUGAAAAUGUCGGCUUAGAGCUACAACCACAGAUUGAGCGAUUGAUCGAGGAACUCGGAGAGCCAGAAACUUUGCCACCCGUUUCUGAUGAAGUACCUUCAACUAGUAAGGGAUCCUCAUCACCCAGUGCCGAGAAGGAAGGCUCACAAACGAAUUCUACCACUGCUGCGGGAACAGACCGAGAUCGUCGAUUGACUAGAACACGCAUUGGUCGCCUUGUACUUGAUGCGGAGAAUAGCUCACGAUUUACAUUGAGCGCAAGUUCUUGUCCUGAACUACAGUUGCCUGCUGUCACUAUGCUCACCGAUAAGUCUGGUGCUCAAUAUAAAUUACUCAGUGCUCUGCAAACGUUGUCCAAGAUUCGCGAUACAAUGAGGCAGAUGAAAGAAGAACGUCGUAAGAAAGAAGAGCAGGAAAAGAAGAAAACUGAAGACGAAUCUAAGGCGUCAGAUACAGCAGCGAAUUCGAACAGCGAUCAAAAAGCAAUCGAUCCAGUGGCUGUUGAUGAGAAUUCGACUGCACCCACGCUUACGUCUUCAUCUGCUGAAGGGCGCGCAGUGCCCGUUUCACCUGAAACAUCGAAAGCGACCGAGCAAGAUCAGACGAAAAAAGUUGUUGAAGAGAACAAUGAAGAUGUUGUGCUAAGCCACCGGCUUACACGAUUAGACGGUAAGUUUCUAUUGAUUUUUCUUCAGUAUCUGUAG